AUAAUCUGGAGGGAUUUUACGUGUACAACAAUAAAAUCAGAGACAGAAGUUCCAGAGAGCCCUAAAAACCCACUCUUUCUUCUUCUUCUUCUUCUUCUUCUACUUUCUCGCAGUUCAGAAACUUAAGUACAUAUUUCCUUCCUCACUUACCUAAGAAGCACAGAACUCUCUCUCUGCUUACAAGCAAAGCAAAGAGGAGAAGCAGAAGAGUAAGAAGAAGAUGUCUCUACGAGUUUUGAACCCUAAUGCGGAGGUUCUUAACAAAUCGGCGGCGCUUCAUAUGAAUAUCAAUGCCGCGAAGGGCUUACAGGACGUCCUCAAGACCAAUCUCGGCCCUAAAGGCACCAUCAAGAUGCUUGUUGGUGGAGCCGGAGAUAUCAAGCUUACUAAGGACGGCAACACUCUCUUGAAAGAAAUGCAAAUUCAAAACCCUACUGCAAUUAUGAUUGCAAGGACAGCUGUUGCCCAAGAUGAUAUAAGUGGAGAUGGUACUACAUCUACUGUGAUUUUCAUUGGAGAGCUUAUGAAACAGUCGGAACGGUACAUCGAUGAAGGUAUGCAUCCUCGUGUUUUGGUUGAUGGUUUUGAGGUUGCCAAAAGAGCUACACUCCAGUUUCUUGAAAAAUUCAAGACUCCCGUGAUUAUGGGUGAUGAACCUGACAAAGAGAUUCUAAAAAUGGUAGCAAGAACAACAUUGAGAACAAAGCUAUAUGAAGCAUUGGCAGAUCAAUUAACUGAUAUAGUUGUUAAUGCGGUUCUCUGCAUCAGAAAACCGGAGGAAGAAAUAGAUCUAUUCAUGGUGGAGAUUAUGCACAUGCGUCAUAAAUUUGAUGUUGACACAAGGCUGGUUGAAGGUCUAGUCCUUGAUCAUGGUUCUAGACAUCCUGACAUGAAGCGACGAGCAGAGAACUGUUACAUCUUGACUUGCAAUGUGUCUCUGGAGUAUGAGAAAAGUGAAAUAAAUGCAGGAUUUUUCUAUUCAAACGCAGAGCAAAGGGAGGCAAUGGUUGCUGCUGAAAGGCGCCAGGUGGAUGAGAGAGUGAAAAGAAUCAUUGAACUUAAAAACAAGGUUUGUUCCGGUAAUGACAACAAUUUUGUUGUCAUUAAUCAGAAGGGUAUUGAUCCCCCUUCAUUGGAUCUCCUUGCUCGUGCAGGGAUAAUUGCCCUUCGAAGAGCCAAGAGAAGAAAUAUGGAACGCCUGGUUUUGGCUUGUGGAGGCGAAGCUGUGAAUUCUGUGGAUGAUUUAACCCCUGAUUGCCUUGGUUGGGCUGGAUUGGUUUAUGAGCACAUUCUUGGUGAAGAGAAAUAUACAUUUGUUGAAAAUGUAAAAAAUCCUCACUCCUGUACAAUCUUAAUAAAAGGCCCUAAUGACCACACAAUUGCCCAAAUAAAGGAUGCUCUGCGUGAUGGCCUAAGAGCUGUCAAAAAUACCAUCGAAGAUCAAGCUGUUGUACUUGGAGCAGGAGCAUUUGAAUUUGCUGCCAGGAAAUACCUCAUCAAUGAAGUAAAGAAAACAGUGAAAGGGCGUGCUCAGCUUGGUGUUGAAGCUUUUGCUGAUGCCCUUCUUGUGGUGCCCAAAACACUGGCUGAGAAUUCUGGGCUUGAUACUCAAGAUGAGAUUGUUGCUCUUACAGGAGAGCAUGACAGGGAUAAUAUUGUUGGAAUAAACCUGCAAACAGGGGGAGCUCUUGACCCCCAAAUGGAGGGCAUCUUUGACAACUACUCUGUCAAGCGCCAAAUCAUAAACUCUGGGCCUGUAAUUGCAUCCCAGUUGCUAUUGGUAGAUGAAGUGAUUCGGGCUGGGCGAAACAUGAGGAAACCAAAUUAAUCUUUUAGUAUGGUGUAGCAUGUAUUUUUUGCUGUGCGGAGAUUCCUUCUCUCGGUAUGUAAUGAAGUGUGAGUGCGAUGGUGGAUGGUUUUGUUUUGGGGAUUGUGUUGGGAGGAAUCUCCAUUUGUUUUAGCUCGUGGAAUUUUGAUUACUAAUAAACUCUUAUUGUGUUAUAUUCUCAUCCCACAUAUUGAUGACCGAUCUCGUGAAGUUCUACCAUCUUUAUGGUUAGGGCCAUUUUGAAAUAUCCCUUGACUGAAUUUGCAUUUAGAGGGAAGAGAUCAUAACUCACUUUUAUUUUUACUGGACAGAUCUUGGAUGAGGGAUUUGGAAAUGAUUUAUAGUUCAAA